CGCUACAUAGUCAUGUCUUCUGGAAUCCAUUGAUCACUGAGGGACUUCAUCUGCAGUCCUAAGCAAGGAGGUGAUGACGACUUUUGAGUGUAUCCUCCUGGGAUGUGGAGUGACGUCUUCACAUAAGCCACUCGAGUUAGUCUUGUUGACCAGCCCUUCUCUCCCACUCGUUUUAUAGGAGCAAGUUCUCUAUUAAAUGAGACGUUCGGAGGCAGCCUGACAAGUGCACACUCCUUACAGUGCAGAAAGAGAGCAGCUCGGGAGCACAGGGAGCACAGGCAACACUUGUCUGUAAUCAGGAGACUUGGCUGAGAGUUUCAGCACCACGGAUAGCGCCUGGUCCUGUCUGUGAUCAGUGGAAGUUUGGAGAAGUGAGCUCUGGUGUGAGGACAUACAGCUGGGAAGAGGGAGGCUGCAUUGGAAAGUUGAAGCAAUGGAACAUAGGAGCAUCUUCCACCUUAUGGUGUCUUUUACUCUGUUCAGUGUUCUCUACCUUCGAGCACAGGCGUUACCUCCUUUAGGGACGUAUUCUAAUAGCAGGCUAGGAAACAGAUUAUCAUUUGAGGGAGCAAAUGAAGCCGAUCAGAUGCAGGGGACAUUAAAACAAGAUACAGACAUUUUACAGAACACUCUACCAGAGAAUGACAAGUUUUUUCUGGACAUGGCGCAAGGAGUUGGCAGGACAUCACGACAUGCUGAUGGACUUUUCACUAGUGGAUAUAGCAAGCUCUUGGGUCAACUGUCUGCAAGAAGAUACUUAGAAUCACUAAUUGGAAAAAGAGUCAGUAAUAAUGUUGUGGAAGAUCCAGUCCCCGUAAAACGUCACUCUGAUGCUGUCUUCACUGAUAACUACAGUCGAUUUAGGAAGCAGAUGGCGGUAAAGAAGUACUUAAACUCAGUCCUCACUGGAAAAAGAAGUCAAGAAGAUAUCAAUCCUUCAAGCCUACGAGAAGAUGCUGAUCUAAGUCAAGCUCCAUAUUCUGAAAGCUAUGAUGAUGCCACCAUUGAUGAGUUGCUGAGUCACCUACCACUGAACCUUUGAAGAACGAUUGUUUAAUCAAAAAGAACAAGUUUACUAUAUUUUUGAGUUUGACAUAGUAUUUCAAAGAGAUUACUUCUGUAUUCAAACCAAAACCAAUGUUGUGAGGUGAAAAUUGUGGCAAAUAUGUUUCUUAUAUUUACAAGUUGAUGUUUACACUGUAAAUAUUACUUUAGAGAUCUCUACCUAAAGCUGUACAUAGAUAUGCAAUACUCAUGAAAAGCCUGUGAUUUCAUAUGCUUCAAAAACCUUUAUUUCAAUAAACGCAUUUGAAAGAUGAACAUGGAGAAAAGGACAGUCUCAAACUUUGUAGGAUGAACUUAUUCAGGGCAACUUUAAUACAAGCAUUGGAUUGACCUCAUAAACAAGGCUGAAGGCCAAGGAAGGUCACGUGUAGCCUUUUGAAGACAUCCCACUUUACUCCAGGCCAAAUCAGAGAUGCCAAUAGGCACUUGUGUGCGCGAAAAGAUAAUCUUCUUACUGAUAGCAGCCAAUCAGAGUUCAGCUUAUAUCGUCUCCACUGCACUGUAACAAUAAAUUGUAGACUCCCAUUGGGUGCUAUGGGUGACAAGGUCACAUUAACCCUCAAAUAGUUUUGAGCCCCUUAUGUUUUGUGUAGGCUUUCAUAUUCUCAUAUUGAACCAUAUUGGAUUUUAACUACAGGAUAAUUCUUGAACUCCAAAGAUAAUGAAAUAUAUGUCUAGUUUCCAAAAUGCAUACACAGAACCUGGCCCAUAUAAAUAUUACACCUUUUCAUGAUUUGUAUUUCAAUCUUUAUUUUUUUUAAGAUUUUGAUAGUUUUGAUCAAAUAUAAGGACUGAAUGUAGUGUAUCUGUCAUUUUAAUGUUAUUCUGUAAAAUGCUGAGUAUCGUAAAAGGUUAAGACAUGCCCAGAGGAAGAGAGAUAGAAGAGAUUUGUUUAAUGUAAAAAUUUAUCUACAGCAUAAAUAUUCAAAAAUUAAACUGUGUAUAUCUUUGCUGAUGACAGCAUUACUUAUAUAUAAAGUGGAUACUGGGAAAUUAUAAUAUUUUUUCAAAAUGAAUGUAACUUAUGAAAUAUGCAGAUAAUAAAGAGAUUUUUAU